CAGAACCAGGAGGCGACCAAGGGAAACAAGUGGGGACAGGAUGGCAGUGCCUUGCAUGGAGCUGAACAAUAAGAUGAAGAUGCCCAUCCUGGGGCUGGGCACCUGGCAGGCUCCUCCAGGGAAGGUGGAAGAAGUGGUGAAACACGCUAUCGAUGCUGGCUACCGCCACAUCGACUGUGCCUAUUUCUACCAGAAUGAGCAUGAAAUAGGGAAUGCAAUCAAGCACAAGAUCAAGGAGGGGGCUGUGAAGCGGGAAGACCUCUUCAUUGUCACUAAGUUGUGGAACACAUUUCAUGAGAAGUCCUUGGUAAGGGAAGGGUGCAAAAGGAGCCUUACUGCGCUGCAACUGGACUACAUCGACCUGUACCUAAUGCACUACCCUAUGGGAUUCAAGGCUGGUGAAGAACUGUUGCCUGAAGAUGACAAGGGUAUGAUUAUUCCUAGUGACACAGAUUUUCUGGACACAUGGGAGGCCAUGGAAGAGCUGGUGGACUGCGGCAAGGUAAAAGCCAUUGGAAUCUCAAACUUUAACCAUGAACAGAUUGAGAGAAUCUUAAACAAGCCAGGAUUGAAAUACAAACCUGUAGUUAACCAGAUCGAGUGCCAUCCAUACCUGACCCAGGAGAAGCUGAUCAAGUACUGUCACUCUAAAGGAAUUGCUGUGACUGCAUACAGCCCCCUGGGCUCUCCUAAUCGGCCAUGGGCCAAACCAGGGGAACCUAUGCUGCUGGAGGAUCCUAAGAUUAAAGAGAUUGCAGCAAGAUAUCAUAAAACCCCUGCCCAGGUUCUGAUCCGGUUCAUUAUCCAAAGGAACUUGGCUGUCAUUCCCAAGUCUGACAAACAGCAGCGCAUUAAGGAGAACAUGCAGGUGUUUGACUUCGAGCUGUCUAAAAAGGAGAUGGAUGUCAUCCUCACCUUUAACAGAAACUGGAGAGCGAUUACAGUGCUGCAGUCUGCGAAUCACAAGGACUACCCAUUCAGUGCAGAGUAUUAACACCUGCAGUUUCAGCAACAUCCACAUCCUCCACCGCAAACCCUCUGGAUUAGGGACUUCUAAUAGCUUCUAUAUAUAUAUAAUACUUCUAUAGCUGAGUCCUGAUUUCUUCUUUUGUACUCAACAGCCAUUGGGAGUGGUCACUUGUCCUUCUUUUUCAGGAGGACACCACUAGCUGGUGAAAGAACGCAUCAAUGGGAAUGGGUCUUUUGUUGAGAGGUUUAGCAGAAAUCUGGUUUUACUUCUUUUUUUUAACUCAACGUCUCAUUUCUGUUUUUCCUUCUCCUGCUUAACUGAAAACAUGUUUAGCAAAUGAAGAAAACCCCCGUAAGUAACCAGAGUUUUUAUGUUGUUUUCAGUGCGGUAAGCCUUACUGGCUCAUGAGUGGUUGUUGAGGAAUGCGGUGCUUAUUUACUUUGCUUUUUAUAUAGUUGUGAUUUUUACAGUAUGAAUAAUUAAUGCUUUAAAGUUUUAUAUGAAUAAAGAUUGAAUAAAAGCAAACAA